CUGCCAGUACGGUGUGGCAGACCCACACACAGGUCACAUGAUUUGAAUAGAAUGAAGGAAUGAGUCCGGGCGGCGAUUUGGAAGGUUGUAUUUAUAAUAAUCUGUUAAUUAUUUUUGGAAGAUGCCAUAUUCACUAAAUAAUAAUAAUAAUAAUUGCAAUACUUUUUGGUUGUAUUGCAUAUUGUGUUUGUAAUUUAGAAUGACCUGAUAAUUGCAAUAACUCUCAAAACUACUUCUUUGACGCGGGUACUUGUUAUUUAAAAGUCGUUUAGCCUGUGAGGUUAGUAUCAGCUAUGCACCUAUAUCUAUCUGUGCUGAGCUUCAUUAUGCGGUCUACGCAGACACUUAUUCAGACCUGCAACGUCAACAUGACGUUUCUACCACGUGUUUCGGAUCCAGGAAGUCAAACACAAAGCGAGAGGUCGAGCUCAUAACAGCAGUGAAUGGCGAUGACAACAUGUUUAAACAAAUAAAUCCAAAUGGAUCAAGAUGCUAUUGUUUUUAAAGCCGGAAACUAACGAUAAAAAGCGAUGAAGAAACGGGGUCCCGUGUGUCUCCUUAUCGCUGUUUUUCUCACCAGCUGCUGCGCCACCGCAGACGACUUGACCUAUGUCUCGGAGUUCUACUCCAAGGUUCCUCAGAAGCUCUCCAGGUACAGCUGGUAUGGGAACGUGCGACUCCUCCUCUUCAAAGUCCCGCAGGACACCGUCUUCGUCCGAUGGCUGUUUACUGGCAGCCGGGGUGCAGGAGCAACCUGCGCAAACACCACAGUAACAGUCCACAUUCGGGCCGGUGCCCCUCCAGUCAUUAACCCUCUAGAGACUCAGUUUUCUGAGAAUGCAGCCUUCUCUCUGGCACACAACUUCACCCUGAUGUUAGGCUCCGCAGGACCAAACAUGACCUUCUUCAACCUCACCAAUCCUGCAGUGGGAGACUGGUUCAUAGCUGCACAUCUUCCCAAAGAUGACGGCAAAAUUGAGCCCAAAGGCUUUUCCUCUUCAUGCUCCUACUUUUUCCAGCCCCAGAUGUUUGUGAGACGGGUGAUUGACAUGCCUGUUUUGGAACCUGGUGUUCCUCUUCAGCAGACUGUGUCCUCCCCCGACAAGCCCGCUGUGCUCAAAGUAUUCAUCCCUGCGUAUACGGCGGAGCUGAGCCUGCGGCUCAGUGGGUGCAGGACGGAGAACAGCACUGCAGACUCCUGCCCGCUCGUGCUCACCCUGGGCUCCGCUGCUCUCACCCGCUCCUCCCCGAAAACAGUGAACUGCAGCGGGCAAGCUGAGUGUCCAGCCCGGCUCCACACCCCUCCAUGGGAGAGCUGGGUCCGGAUCACCGUGGAGAGCCUCAACAGCAACCUGUCCACAUCCUUCCAGAUCACAGCUGCUCUCACAGCUGGAUGCAAGCCUAAAAGUGGCGGAUUGUUCAGUGAUUUCUUAUCCAAAUUCAGCAGUGUGAACGGCACUGGUCUUUUCAGCAAUGCCACUUCCAACGCCACGCUGCUGGUGGACAACGCGACGGCCCUCGUCCAGCCCCAAGCCGACAGCUUGCUGAAUAGCGCCCCCUCUGGGGACUCCUGUCUGCGCAGCCAGCCCGUGUUUAGAGAAGACGUGGACGUGGUGUCUGUGCGCUUCGCUUUGAUCAACGGGCCAAACAUCAGCAUCUCUUCUCAGGAUCCCACUCUGAUCUCCUUGAAUUUAAAUUCCGGAGCAGACAGUGGAGGGACGCUGGUUCUGGACUUGAGGUUAAAUCAGACUUCUCUUACACAUGUAAAUGCCACUGUGGUGGUCUGUGUGAGUCCCGGGUCUCCUGUGCUGACACUGAAUGAAUCGCAAAGCUGCACAACCGCCUUCACUCAGGGUUAUUCUCUCCGAAUGAACGGCACGUCUCCAGAAGCUGCACUUCAUAUCCCCUUCCCUGAGACUGCACUCUGGUACCUCACCCUGCACACAGUGUGCCCUGCCCAUGCCAGUGAGUGUGGAAAGGUGUCUGGGACGGUGCUGGCUUCCUCUUUGCUGAGUGCCUGUGUUAAUGACUGUGGCACCUAUGGAGAGUGCCGGCUGCUCCGAUCCUAUGGGUACCUGUACGCUGCCUGCACUUGUAAAGCAGGGCAGAGAGGAUGGAGCUGCACUGAUGCCAGUGAAGCACAGUCCUAUGCACGGCAGAUGCUGGCUGCCCUCUUGCUGACCCUGAGUAAUCUCAUGUUCAUCCCGCCCAUCGUGGUGGCGGUGUACCGCUACUACAUCGUGGAGGCCUCUGUGUACCUCUUCACAAUGUUCUUCUCAACGUUUUAUCAUGCAUGUGACCAGCCUGGCGUCACUGUAAUGUGCAUAAUGGAUUACGACACGCUGCAGUACUGCGAUUUCCUUGGGUCAGUCUCUUCUAUUUGGGUAACCAUCCUCUGCAUGGCAAGAGUUAAGGAUAUCUUUAAAUAUAUGCUGUUCAUGCUUGGCACUCUGGUCAUUGCCAUGUCUAUGCAACUUGAUCGACGAGGCAUGUGGAACAUGCUGGGCCCGUGCCUCUGCGCUGGUCUUGCUAUGAUAGCAGCAUGGAUUUACCGCGGCGUCCAAAGGCGCCAGUGCUACCCCACAACGUGGAAGCGCUGGGUGUUCUUCCUGCUCCCUGGGAUAGUGAGCGCAGUCGUUGGCAUUUCUUUGUACGUCUUUGCGCAGACCGAUGAGAACUACCUCUACACGCACAGCGCUUGGCACAUACUGGUGGCGAGCAGCGUGGUCUUCCUGCUGCCUCCCCGGGAGAAGCACAAGAAGCCGUGGGGCUGGUCCCAAGAAGCCAUCUGUGGGUAUCAGAUCUGUAAGAACGAGAGGGAGGAGCUCUACACUGUCCCCUAGGCUCAUGGAGGGGUGGCAGGCCGCUCCGGUCCUCAGAUUCCCUUCCAGGUUUUAUAGACAUUCAUAGAUCCUUUACUCCUGAAGACUUGGAUGAAGGGUAUAGCGGUUCGACUACAUUAAUGUCAGGAUCAAGACCUGGCUGGCAUCCCUGGUUUAAACGAUGUUAAAGUGUGUAAAAGCUUUGGUUCUUACUAGACACAUUCCAGUCUGUUUGUAUCUUAUCUAAUUGCUACCUGAGAAAUUACUGUGGAUGCUGUAAGUGCAAUUUCUUCUUGCAACACAUUCAGUUUUAUACGAUUUAACUGUAGAUGCCGCACAGGGAUCCAUUUGCAAUGCUGUGUAUAUAUAGAGAGAUAUGGAUGAAGUGCAGUUGGACCUGUUUGCUAAGUAUACAAGGAUCUGAAGAGACAUUUCGACUUUAUGCAUCUGCAGCGGAUUCCCUCCAUUGCAGCCACUAAAAGGGGCUGAUUCAUAGAGAGCUGGUCAUUAUAGAGGCGUAUCUUCAGACUGUGUCUGUAUUGAAAGAGGCAGAGCGAGGAGAGCAGUGUCUUUUAUAAGGAGGGAAGCUACUGUAGUUAAAUAACGUGGGUGUGCAGCCCGCAUAACUCCCGGCAACGUUUGUUCCAAAUCUUAACAUACUUUCUUGCUGUUGUUGGACAAGAUUCUAUUAUCUUGCAUUUAUGUUUUAAAAAAAAAAAAAAGAAAAAAAAGAAAAAAGGCAGCAGUGUUGCUGUCGCAGCUGAAAUUGGUGCUUGGAGAUUAUAUAAACUGCACCAUUGUCUUCAAGAAUCGUAACACUUGAAUAACCCCCUUUUAAAGCACUUUUGUACCCCCCCCCCCCCCUUUCUAAAAACAGACUCUGCUGUGAGUCUGUUCCAUAUACAAUCGAGACAGGUCGUUACCUUCUGGUUUUGCUGUCCAUAGCUUCACACAAUUAUUAAUGCCAAAAGCUCAUUUAAUUGCACAGACCUGCAGAUAUAAUUGUGUGGCCUCCUCAGGUUCUGUGGCUGGUUUUUAAUAUAAGCAAUAUUAGAUAGAAAUGAAUAUAAUAUAACUGGAUGAUUGUGUUUUUAUUUUCUUUUUAGAAGUUUCUACUAAUGCUCCUGCUGCACUAUAAGUAUAUUUAUUGUUGUACUGUACUGUAGGGAUCUGACAAAGCUUUUAGAUAGCAAUAGCCUUAGUUCAUACUGUGGUUGGUCCAUUAAAUGAACUGUCUCCAAAGUUCAGUUUGUGAAGAGAUGGUGCAGUUACUUCUGAAGGUGUUUGUGUUCAGGAGGCCUUUUAAACCCUCAUUUUAGCACGAGCAAUAAGAGAACUGGAGUUGUCUUUUUUCCUUUAAAGCCUCUGUGUAAUUUGACAUUGCUUUGAUGUGACUUAAGUUUCUCUUUGAAGUUACGAAUGACUUAGAAUCUUUACUGUUGCAAUGCUGAAAAAAAACCCAUUUAAAAUACAUUUUCUAAGAUGUAAAUAUGAAACUGCAUAUCUGAUAUAGUCAAACCAAUGGUAUGUGUUGAAGUGCAGGCAAGCAGGCUAAAAGAAUGCACCUGUCCUCUUCCUCCCCCCCUGCAUGCGGCUCAAGAGAAUCCGAAGCUGGGUGACGUAGUGGAAGGAAUUGCACUUUUUAAAACUUGGCUGUCUCCUGUGUGGGAUUCAGCUUCUAAGCAAUACACACACGAGUUAUUUCUGCUCCGCAGUGUCUCUUUCAGCCCUGCACCUGUGUUGGGGUCUAGGAAACUCCACUCAAAUGUAAAGACACUGGAAUAUUUGAAUUGAAUAUUUGAAUUAGCAUCCAUUCUGAAUAGGUGCUCAGGUCUCAUUAAAAAUGAUUUUACAUUGUUUAAGUAAUCGUCUGCAUGAAACAGGACUCCAGCUGCAUAGCAGUUUGUGCUAGUCCUGGAUUGACCUUGAGCUAAAUUCAGCCCAUACUAAGCAAACCUUAGAGAGAGAACUCAGGUGGGGCUGAAUUAACUCCAAGUAAAACCUGGAUUGGCUCAAGCUGCUGUGCAAUGGGAGUCUUGCUUUUGUCCCUGGUAUUUGAUAUCCAGUUCAGUAGGACUUGCGCUAGACUACUGGGACCUGAGAGAGACCUUUUCAAAAGCACCUUGGGUUCAGUCUUGUGUAAACAAGAGGUGGUAUUUUAAAAGAGGUUGUACUAUGCGAUACACAACUACAGGCUUAGUGCUUAGUCACAGCCCAUCUCCCUUUACUGUAUUCAUCAUGGGAAAUUGUCUGGGGAGGGGGAGGGUUGCCAGUCCUGUUGUGUUAUUUGUAUUUUAUUUUUGUGUUUAAAUAUAAUUUAUAUAUAUAUAUAUAAAAUGUGUGUGUGUGUGUGUGUUCGUGUUGAUUUAAAAAAAUAAACUUCUUGGUGAAGGGUAUAUAAUCUAUUCGAGGGAAUCUGAGAAAACAAUAAAUGACAAGACAGUUUUCACAA